CAAUCACAACGGAGACGCGAAAGUGUACUGGAAAUACAAAUACUGUUGUGUGUGUGAUAACAAACGUUUCAAAUUUUUAUGUAAUCAAAAUUUUAUUAGUGACCUUCAUUUUUCGUGCCGACGUUAUCAAGAUUGUAUAAUUAAAAAUGUAUAGAAACUUUUGUGCCGUGCUUUAAAAGAAAAAGUCAAGACAUGAAUCUAUUAAUUAACGAAAACAAGAACAUAUAACAAGAAUUUGAUGGAAUAUAACGAGAAGAAACGACAAAUAUAAUUUUUAAAGCUUCUUCAUAUCACGAGAAUAUAUUCUUCACGGUGUUAAUAUAUAUUUAUAACAAAUUGCGCAAAUUUUAUAAUUCGCCGUUUUCACAGUUACAUCAACUCUGUAAAGAAGAAAUAUUUUAAUUGAUAAAAGGAUGGCUAGUUUUAAAAUUUCCGCACCAGGAAGAAUUGUCUUAUCAGGAGAACACAUAGCAGCGUACAAAAAACAGUUUCUUGCAACUAGUUUAAAUCUUCGUACACAUCUCGAAUUCUGCGAGCUACCUAACACAUCGGAAAACAUUAUUAGAAUAGAGUUCCUUACUUUGAAUCUAGCGAAAGAUAUACCUUUAAAAGAUGUUAAAAACUUUUAUUACGAAAAUGUUGAAGACAUUAUUUCAAAUCCAAUCAACUUGAAUGAUUACGUGAAAUACCUGAUCACCGUUGUAAAAUGUAUGUGGACGACAAAUUUUGAAAGAUUUAGCUUACAAAUGUUCUUUUUCUUGCUUUAUUCUGUCGCUCACCAUGAACAUCUCAUGAUAAAACCUUUUCACGUAAAAGUGUCCACGGAUAUGUUAAUGGGAGCUGGUCUUGGCAGUUCGACAUCGUUCGCGGUAUGUCUCGCAGGUUGUUUUCUUCAUUGGCAGCGUUUACAGAGUGGUUGUUGUCACACUGAAUUUAAUGAUGCUGAUUUAGCGUCGAUUAAAAAAUACACUAUAUCCUGCGAAAAAAGUAUGCAAGAGUUUGCAUUUCCGGACGUCGAUGCCCACAUUUGCACAUACGGCCAAAUAGCAAAAUGUCAACGCAUCAAUCACGAAAUAUAUUUUAUAAAUUCCACGGAUAUGGUACAAAUAAAUAUUCUACUGAUCGAUUCAAAUAUUCAUGAAAGUAAGUCCGUACGAGCGCAACAAGUAGCAACGCUGAACGAUACUGCUCACAACUUUCAAUCUAUAUUAAAUGAAUUAGAACAUGAGGCAAUAACUAUGCAUUAUUAUCUUAAUUCACUAAGUAGUGUCAUCAGACUGACCCAUCUAUAUGGCGAUGAGCAUCCUAACUAUAAUUCACUGAUUUCUAAAGUGAUGUUAUGCAUUGAUAAUAAUCAACGAUUGUUGAAUAUAAACAAUUUAUCGACUGAGAUAAUUGAAAAUAUUUGCGAGAUUGCAAGAACGCAUGGAUUAGCGGGAAAACUUACAGGUUUUGGUGGUAAUUAUGUAUACAUUUUCCUACCACCGGACAGCACUCUCUAUGAUAUCACGAAUUUUUCGGCGCAUUUGCAUGCAUGUCAUUUUAAUUCCCUAAUAUGGACCACCAUCAAUUCUAACGGAGUGAGAAUUGUUAACUGAUUUAACUGUAUUAAAAUUAUCAUGUUUAUGAAUGACUAAAUAAUAACAACUAUAAAUGUAAAAGAAU